AAAAACAUCUGCACAUAGGACGGCAUAAACCGCCCCUCUUACAGGAAAGCUCGCGUCACUUUUACGGUUUUACAACCCUUCGACCCAGUUUAAACACACUUCCCAUUCCCUUCACCCUUCCAUUUGCCUGCCGGGUGGCCAUACUUGACUUAAUAUUCGAAGAGCCACCGCGUUUCCUCCCCCACCUUUUUUUGGUUUGAAGAGGCACUUCAAAGAAGAGUUGCCGUGGCGUCGAAACACGACAUCUUUUCCCCGGAGAAUGAGGAGGCGAACCUGAGCUGACUCAGAACGGGAAACUCGCUACUUGCGGCUCGUUAAACGCUCAGCAAGUGGGAGUGUCUUUAAUGGAGGAACUUUUAUUUCAUUCUGUCAGCUUCAACAGGAAAGGAGAAUAAUACCACACAUACCUGCCCCGCAUACGGUCGAGAGGAUGUUAUCGUGGCUAAAUAAGUGUCUAUGGGCAGACUGGAUUUGGUUUCCUGAAGGCCAUGGUUGGGCCGACUUCAAUGACCCCAAAGAUGACAUCGUCUUACCUCACGCUCCGGAUCUCUGGGCUUUCAUCCCCAUUGCUAUCUGUUUUCUGGUCAUUAGACCGCUUUUUGAAAGGUGGGUAGCAAUUCCUCUGGCAUCUGUGUUGGGUGUGAGUGACAAGAGACGUGUUUUUCCUCCUUUGAAUUCCACGCUGGAGGCCUAUUUCUGCAACAUAUCCAAGCACCCCACACAGAGCUCUUUAGAAAAGCUAAGUAAACAAACAAGCUGCUCAGUUCAACAAGUCCAGCGAUGGUUCAGGCAGCGGAGGAACCAGGAUCGUCCCAGCAAGAUAAAGAAGUUUCAAGAAGCCAGUUGGAGAUUCACCUUUUACUUGCUUGCUUUCUUCGCUGGCCUGGCAACCCUUAUUGAUAAACCAUGGUUCUAUGAUAUGACGAGAAUGUGGGAUAACUUCCCCAAAAUGCCAAUAUUACAGUCUCAAUACUGGUACUACAUGACUGAACUGGGCUUCUAUGUGUCCCUGAUUGUGAGCGUUGCAUCAGAUGUCAAACGUAAGGAUUUUAAAGAGCAAAUAGUUCACCAUGUUGCCACCAUCGUCCUCCUCAGCUUCUCCUGGCUGGUCAACUAUGUCAGGGGCGGGACUUUGAUCAUGGUUGUACACGACGCAGCUGACUAUCUUAUGGAGUCAGCCAAGAUGUUCAACUAUGCAGGUUGGAAAAGGACCUGCAACUGCAUCUUCACAGUCUUUGCUGUUGUUUUCAUCAUCACCCGCCUCUUCAUUUUCCCUUUCUGCAUUUUACACGCUACGUGUGUGUACCCUCUGACCCUCUACAAGCCCUUUUUUGGCUUCUACUUCUUCAACGGGCUAUUGAUACUGCUGCUGGCUCUGCACGUCUUCUGGGCAGUGCUCAUCCUGCGCAUGGUCAUCAAAUUCCUCCCCGGCAACGGCAUAGUUGAGGACGAGCGAAGCGACAAAGAGGAGACGGAGUCUGACGAAGAAGACGGUAGUGGCAAUGGUAAUAGAAGGAUGAAAAAUGGCCACAUGCAGAACGGUCACGCUCCUCUCAACAACAACCGCAGGAAGUGCCCAGAGGACCAACACGGGACAUGGGAACCCAGACCGGAAGAACCCAGGAGUCAACCGGACUACAUGCUGCUAGAAUGGAUGCAUGGCCAAUUGUCACCCAAAAAUGGCAAGAGCGACACCAUUUUCUUUGUGAGGAUUAUGAGUCAUUCUUCAUCUAAAUGGGAAUAUAUGAACAUCCUAGCAGUCGACAUCCUAAUGACAGCAGACAUUGUACAAAUGAGGUCAUCACCGUCACCUCAGAAGCACCGACACACACUUGAGUCGACCCUGGGGGGGAAUCCGUUUCAUCAGAGCGGGACCUGCAGCUCUUCUCACCCACAUGGACCAAGGCACACAUCCUGCACCCUCGUUUGAAGUCGACGUGGAUCUAGGCUUCGCUCUCUUCUUCCUCUUCGUUCUGUGUUUCUUCCUGCUGGUGACGGUGGUGCGAUGCGCCCAAACGGUGGUGGACCCUUACGGCUCCAUCUCCACCUCCACCUAUCAAGAGGAGCAGAUUACCUGAAGACCUGGAGAGGUACUUCCGUCCGCACUAAAGACGUAACUGCAAGUAAAUAUUCCCCCUGUGGACUGUUCACAAAUUGCAGGGGUCAAGUGACUUUAAAGCACAACACAAAUCAGACAAAAAUAUUUUCAAUUAUGUUUUAGUGUGUUUAAUUUAUGGAUCUUUCUGCAUCUGUGCCAUUUACUUCUUGUAACAUUCUCAAAAUAAACAUGAAUAUUUGUCCUUUUUACAACUCCAAA